CAUUUAAUUGCCUUUCUUGUGAGACUGGGGGUCUGUAUUCUGCUAGCUGGAUGCAUUGUCUGUGGGACAGCCAAUCACUGGCUCCGAUGACACAAGAGAAACUCAAGUUGGGCUAUAAAAGUUCACUUGGAAAAAACAGUAUUUAUCAUGGAAAGGUCUUUUCUGCUUGGCUUUUUAUUUCUGUAACUGUUGGUUUUACCAGCUGAAGAAAUAGCAAAUUAGAGGACUAUAUGAGAACAUGAAUAGGUUACGUGCAUGGGGUUGCAUUUAUCUGUGUUUGCUGGUAGCAUUUAGUCCAGUGGAUCUGACCAACAGCAAUAAAGCAACAGACAAAGAUACAUUGUGCAGCGCCUGUACCUGGAGACAGAACAGCAAAUCUUCAAGGCUGGAAGCUAUCAAACUUCAGAUCCUUAGCAAACUUCGAUUGGAGCAGGCACCUAAUAUCAGUAAGGAUUCUAUAAAAUAUCUUUUACCCAAAGCGCCUCCGUUAGAAGAAUUAAUCGACCAGUACGACCUCCAAAGCGAUGACAGCAGUGAGGGGUCUUUGGAAGAAGAUGAUUACCAUGCCACCACUGAAACAAUCAUUACGAUGCCGACAGAAUCUGAUUAUGCAACAGGAGAAAAGACAAAAUGCUGUUACUUUAAAUUCAGUUCUGUAGUGCAAUAUAAUAAAAUAGCAAAAGCUCAACUUUGGAUAUACUUGAAGCCUGUCCAAAAACAUACUACAGUAUUCAUACAGACCUUCAGACUUCCAAAGUCUUUGAAUGACGGAGCACGGUCCACUGGAAUCAGGACUCUUAAACUUGAGAUGAACCCAGGCCCUGGAACUUGGAAAAGUAUUGAUGUGAAAACAGCUCUACAAAACUGGCUAAAGCAACCUGCAUCUACUCUAGGAAUUGAAAUUAAAGCUUGUGAUGAAAAUGGACGUGAUCUACCAAUUGCAUUUCGUGGUUCAAAUGAGGAUGGACUGAACCCAUUUAUAGAAGUUAAAGUUAUGGAUACGCCAAAAAGAUCUAGAAGAGAUUUCGGACUUGACUGUGAUGAACAUUCAACAGAAUCGAGAUGCUGCCGUUAUCCAUUGACUGUGGAUUUUGAAGCUUUUGGAUGGGAUUGGAUCAUUGCACCAAAACGAUAUAAAGCUAACUAUUGCUCUGGGGAGUGCGGCAUUGUCUUUAUGCAAAAGUACCCCCACACACAUCUUGCUCAGCAAGCAAACCCCAGAGGUUCUGCCGGCCCCUGCUGCACACCAACCAAAAUGUCCCCAAUUAAUAUGUUGUAUUUUAAUGAAAAUGAACAAAUCAUUUAUGGAAAAAUUCCAGCAAUGGUAGUAGAUCGCUGUGGAUGUUCAUGAGUUUUGAUGAUAUGAUAAAAUGAAGGUUUCUUCCAUAUAUUCAUGAACCAUGACACAUUCAGUUCAUUAAGCUAAGCACUGGCUCACCAUACAGGGUAAACAGUUACACCAAGAAUCCCUCUUCAUGGCUACAGGAAGAACGCAUUGUAUGCUACGAUGCCACUAAAAACCUAAAGGACAGUCCAAAAACUUAUUUUUAAUAUUA